AUGUCUGAAGCAAAUAAUAUCGUAAUUGUUGGUGGUGGAUAUGCCGGAGUUCAAUCGGCAAUUGAUUUAGAAAAAUCACUCCUUAAAACUAAUUCUGAUUAUAAUAUCAUAUUAAUUGAUCGUAAAUCACAUUUCUAUCAUUCGGUUGCCGGUUUACGUACAAUGGUCGAAGCUAAUUUCGAAAACCAAAUCAUACUUCCAUAUAGCAAGUUAUUCCAAUCCAAUAAAAACAAGGUUAUUCAAGCUAACGUAGUUGCAAUUCAUAACAACGAAGUUGUAGUGGAUGAAAAUAUUGAUAAUCGUGGUGGAAAUAUGAAAACUAUUCCAUUCAAGUAUUUGAUAAUUGCAACCGGCAGUGAUUAUCCAGUACCUGCAAAAUUGGAGAGCAAUAAUAAAGAUGAAGCUGUUAAAAACAUUGUCGAUAAACGAGAAGCAGUCAAAAAAGCCAAAAAGAUUUUAAUUAUCGGUGGCGGACCUGUUGGUGUUGAAAUUGCCGGAGAACUUGGAUCAGUUUAUGGCAAACAAAAAGAAAUAACCUUGGUCCAUAGUGGCCAACAUCUACUUGAUGAUAAAUACCCAAAGAAAUUACCAAACAAUCUUCUUAAAGAACUAAACGCUUUAGGUGUAAAAGUUAUUCUUGGCGAGAAGAUUGACUUGUCAGCAACGGAAAUCGGUGACGGAUUAACACCAUUAAUGUUGACAACCAAUAAAGGUAAUGUAAUUGAAUCGGAUAUUCAAUUCUUUGCAGCUGGCACAAAACCAAAUACAGAUCUUGUUCAAAAUUUUGACGAAACAUUGAUCGAAGCAAAUACUCGACUGGUCAAGGUCAAACCAACAUUACAACUUGAUGGUCCUGGAUAUGAACAUAUUUUUGCUGUUGGAGAUAUUACAAAUUUCAAAGAAACCAAAUUAGCGUAUAGAGCUGGAAUGCAUUCUGCGAUUGCUGUUAAAAAUAUUUUGGCAAAAAUUGGUGGUAAUAAUGGUAAUAAACUUGAGGAAUAUAAACCACCAAGUGAAAUGAUUAUUGUAACUAACGGAGGCGGAGGAUAUUUACCAAUGCUUGGUGGAAUUGUAAUUGGUAGUACUGAAAGUACUUUCGAACACUUACAAGUUUGA